AUGAAUGAAAGAGAAUCUCGUACAUCUCAUAGGGCAUUCUCUUCUAAUCCUAAUACUGUACCUUAGAAUGCUUAUGCUUCAGCACUUAAAGCAUUAUAAGAAAAAUUAAAGGGAGUUGAAGGAUUAAAGAAAUCUAUUGAUAAUCCUUCUGAUUGUCUAAUUGACUAACUUAAAAAAUAAAUAAAUGAUUUGUAAAAUGAAAAUGAAAGAUUAUAAUACUUAUUAAUGAAAACUAAUUAAGAAAGUUAAAUGAACUUUGUUGCUUCUUAAUAAAUUGAAGUUUUAUAAGCUGAAAGAUUACAACAUCUCAAAGACUAUUAAGAUAGAGUUAGUGAUUUAAUUAGAAAAAAUGAAGAAUUAAAACAUGAAAAACAUGAAAUUUAAAUAGCAUUUGACACUUUAUAAAGAUAAUAAUAAGUACAUAAGUCAACUGAAAAAGGAUAUCUACAUAAAGUUGAAUUUAAAAAAUUUGAAGAAAAUGCUUCUCUUUUAACAAAUAUAUCAGAUCUUAAAAUUAAAAUUGAUUUAAAGGAUUAAUAACUUAAAAAAUAAGAAAAAAAAAUAGAAUUUUUAGAAAUGGAAAAAGAACAGAUUCUAUAAGAAUAUUCUAAUUAUAAAACUAAAUAUCCUCCAAUGAAAUUGCAUGAUUACGAAAAACAAAUUCAUUAAUUAAAAGCUUAAAUAGAUGAGAAAGAUAAGUUACAUUCUAGAAAUAUCGAUGAUAUUGAAAAUAACAAGAAUAUAAGGGAAGAACAAAUGAGUAGAAGAAUCUAGGAUUUAAUUGGUAAAUGCAAUGAAUAUCAAUAAAUUAUUGAACAACUAACUCAAGAUUAUAAAGAUUUAAGUCUUAAAUACUAGUAAGUUAAAAUUAAAUUAGAUUAUGAAGAGAGAUAACAUAGGUAUAUUAGUAGAAAAUUAAGUUAAGGUGAAACUGAAAUUAAAAAAGGUUAUAAAGAAUAAAAAACUGUUACUAAAUUAAAUAUAGAUUAAAUGUCUCCUCCAUUAACUAGUCCAAGAUUAGAACAAAGUUUAAGACAAAGUUCGUUAAAAUAAGCUAUAAGAGAAUGUUUGGAAGACAUGAAGAACACCUCCAAUUUUCAGUUUUGUAGUCCUGAUAGAAAAUCAGAAAAUAAAAAGUAGUCAUUGCUAUCCCCUAUGUCAACUUCUCGACAACUCGAAAUAGAAACUAAACUUAAGGGACUUAAUGAAAAAUAUGAAAAUUUAAUUAGAUAAGCUUAAAAAGAAAAUGAUUUGAAUUCCAAAGCUUUGAUAAGAAAAUAAUUACUUGAAAUUGCUGAAUAAAUUAAAGAAACUACUAAAUUUGAAAAAAAAUGA